AUGGCUACAAAUUCAUACGACUCGGACAAAACAUACAUCGAAGUCCUCGUUUCGAUCGCCGCUGUUAUUGACAAGCACAUGCGCAACCCAACAAUGCUCCAGGACGAUCUCGAGACUGCUUCUAAGCCCUCGCCAUACAUGACUGACAAACAAAAACUGUUGGACGCGAUCGCCAACCUUUUGCCCCGACACCCCAAAGAGCGCAUCGCUCUGGCCGUGCGAUCAGAAGGAAUCCAAAUCUUCGUCACGAGCUCCGAUGAUACUUGCGAUCCGCUCGAACUACAUGCCUACCUGUCGGGACUCUGGGUGAUCCUCAGAGACGUCGCCCAGUUCCGCCAGGCGUUCUCUCUCUAUCUGCACGAGCGAAAACGACGACUUGAUAAUGCUGGCGACACCGAGACCAAAGUCGUCGACGAGAAGAACGACGAGAGGACCGCACAAUUUGCGAAGGAGGGGCGCGUGCUCUAUGUAAAACUUGGAGACCGGGUGUACGCCAGGUGUCGAGGAAGAUUGAACCACGAGAUAAAGCGUCAAUGGGAAGACUUCCAGAGCUGCCUCUCCUUUCUGAGGAAAAAAGCGUCUGAUAUGGAGGCGGAACACCGAGCGACAGUCCUACAGAUCGCCGACGACCUCAGCAAAUAUUUAUCGGCUAUACUGGACGGCGAGAUGAUUCAAGACGCUACUGGACGUACUCUUGGCCUGUAUACGAUGAUCGCUCACAUUUACCUCUUGCAAAAGAAAACAGAAUUCAAGGAGCUCGUUGCACCUUUGUUGGUCGAAUAUCGGAACAGUGAGUCUGUUUUGCAUUCUUUCGUCCUCGAAAUCCCUAAUAUAACAAGAAAUACGAAUAACUUAGAUUCAGGCUUUGAUUUGGGCGUUUACCUUACGAGGGUCGGCGCCAUCAAUGCUUCUCUCGAAGCUGUUUGUAUCUCGACUAAGCACUCCGACAAUCGCUACCUCUUCUGGCGUGAAUUCUCCAUUACUGUUACCCCUCCACGCUACCAAGCUCCAGCUUCCCUGCCGACCACGCCAGCAGAAUGGACCGCAUUUCUAGAACGAUACUCAGAUCACAAAAAUUUACGGUUCCUGCAUCCCGAAGAAAUCGUCCGGUUACUCCUGGAAGCAUAUCCUCAUGGUGCUAGCCGCGCCCCUAUUCCGGCUCGCUGCCACAGCGAGCUCGAACUUUUCGCAUAUCUUUACGAUGAAGGGAUAGCCCAAGAAAUGGCGAAGCCUCCAGACAGAAUGGAGGAAGAAGACUUAUACAUCGCGACAAGCCACCAGCCCUGCUUCGCCUGCAUCUGGUACUUCGCGGUCGUACGAUGGGACCUCCGCAAGUAUCGCCUUCCGGAGCUCGACACGCGAUACGACUUUAACAGGUCUACCUUUCCUUGGCAGAUUCCGGAGGGAAAGUUCGAAAGCGAACAUUACGUGAAAUACUUAUUUAAGGGUGAAUUAGCUAGGCGCCUCAGUUCUCGCUUCAAGGAGUAUGGGAUCGCUGUUGAUGUGCCUACGAAGGGGUGGUCUUGUAGAUAA